AUGUCCACGUCUCGAGCCCCUCGGAACGACCCAUACGCUUCCACUUCUGCUUCCGCUUCAGCUUCAGCUUCCGCCUCAUCCCCAUCGCAAACACCCAAUUCCGACGACCGCGACGAACUCGACUUUAUCCACGACGAUGACGGUGACCACAACAAUGACAGCGAUAGCAGUGGCCGUGGGAGGUCUCGCGAUCGACACCAUGUCCUAGGCGACGAUCCUCUUCAGAGCAACCUUAGUGCGCCCAUGACCUUCAAGCGCAGGCAAGGCCCCUCGUUCUGGUCUGCGCCCUCUCGACUUCUCUCCGCCAUCACUGGCUCGCGAUCGAACCAUUCCUCGAGAGGAGCGUCGCCCGCUGUUUUCUCAGGUUCCAAUACUCCCCCGCACGCCGAACCCGUCGUCUUUAACGAGACCACAAAGGAUGGAGCGCCCCACGACUGGUACGUCGAGGGUCCAGGCCGUCGAGUCGGAUACGAGGAUCUCACGGCCAUCGAUUGGAUCUUCGAAUAUACAAAAGAGCGUCAGAGACUGCGGAUGCUAUACUCGAGCGCAUCUGGUGUUAUAGGUCCUGUGCGACGGCUCAUUGAUGCCAGCCAAGUCUGGAUCGUCUUGCUGUUGACCGGGAUGCUUGUGGGCACUGUUGCUGCUGGCAUCAAUGUUACGACCGAUUGGCUAGGAGACUUGAAAGAGGGAUACUGUUCGAGUGGCCCCGAAGGAGGUCACUUCUACCUGAAUAAGGCCUUCUGCUGUUAUGGCUAUGACCAGGGCUCUAAAUGCGACGGCUGGAAAUCCUGGGGUGACGCUCUGGGAGUGCAUUCGAAAGGCGGCAAGUGGUUUGUCGAGUACUUCUUCUUUGUUUCUCUCGCGAUGCUCUUUUCAUAUGUCGCUGCUGUUCUCGUUCAGGAGUAUGCCAUCUACGCAAAGCACAGUGGCAUACCAGAGAUCAAGACUGUCCUGGGAGGCUUUGUCAUUCGACGAUAUCUUGGACUCUGGACACUUAUUAUCAAGUCUAUCGGUCUUUCCCUCGCUGUGGCUUCAGGCAUGUGGCUAGGCAAAGAAGGCCCCUUGAUUCAUGUCGCCUGCUGUUGCGCCAAUGUAUUUACGAAAUUAUUUCGUAACAUCAACGACAACGAAGCUCGAAAACGUGAGGUUCUAUCAGCUGCUGCCGCCUCAGGUGUCUCGGUCGCAUUUGGCUCUCCCAUCGGCGGUGUCUUGUUCAGUCUCGAGACUUUGUCUUAUUACUUCCCAGAUAAGACAAUGUGGCAGAGCUUCGUCUGCGCCAUGACCGCAGCCGUUGUUCUCCAGGCUUUCGACCCCUUUAGAUCGGGCAAGCUUGUCUUGUACCAGGUUCACUACAGCAUUGGCUGGCAUGGAUUUGAGCUGCUACCUUACGCCAUUCUAGGUAUCUUGGGAGGUAUACAUGGCGGUCUCUUCAUUAGACUCAACAUGGCCAUCGCUCGAUGGAAAAAGUCCAACCGAUGGAUUCCUGGCCCCUUUGUCCAGGUUCUCAUCGUGGCCUUCUUUACUGCUCUCAUCAACUACCCCAACUUCUACAUGAAGGUGCAGACGACUGAGCUGGUUUCAAACCUCUUCUCCGAGUGCUCGCAGGUUCUCGACGACCCUAUCGGCCUCUGUAGAACAGGCGCCGCUUCGGCCAAAACCAUAGUGCUUCUGGUAUUUGCGUCGGUCUUAGGAUUCUUCCUCGCCGCCUUCACGUUUGGUCUUCAAAUACCCGCCGGUAUCAUUCUACCGUCCAUGGCCAUUGGUGCCCUCACAGGUCGAGCCGUGGGCAUCAUCAUGGAAAUCUGGGUCGCCAACCACCCUGGCUUCUUCCUCUUUGGUUCGUGUGAACCCGAUAUCCCCUGUGUGACGCCUGGUACAUACGCUAUAGUCGGCGCAGCGGCAUCUCUAGCUGGCGUAACUCGCUUGACUGUCUCCAUCGUUGUCAUCAUGUUCGAGCUCACAGGCGCUCUUACAUAUGUUCUCCCUAUCAUGAUCGCCGUUAUGAUAUCCAAAUGGGUAGGCGAUGCCUUUUCCCGCCGCGGUAUUUACGAGUCGUGGAUUCACUUCAACGAGUAUCCGUUCCUCGACAACAGCGAGAAUAACGAUGCCAUCCCCGAUAUCCCCGCCGCCCAAAUCAUGACCCGUAUCGAGGACCUCGUUGUUCUCACUGCCACAGGGCAUACUAUCGCUUCUCUCACUACCAUCCUCGAGAUGCACCCAUAUCGUGGCUUCCCCGUCAUAUCGGAUCCUCGUGAAGCCAUUCUUCUCGGCUACAUCUCCCGCGCCGAGCUUACCUACAACCUCUCAGCCUCAACAAAGGGUCCUCGUCGACUUCCCCCUGAGACGGAAGCCUUCUUCUCCCACCAACCUAUGGCUGAUCCACGCACCACGCUAGAUCUUCGCCCGUGGAUGGAUCAGACACCACUCACACUGCCUUCACAUACAAGUCUCCAUCUCGUCGCAACAUACUUCCAGAAACUCGGCCUACGCUAUCUUUUGUUCAGUGACCGUGGUGUUCUGCAGGGAUUGUUGACAAAGAAGGACGUCUGGUAUGUCCUCAACGGCGCUGAAGAGACUCGCCGUACCAUGGGUCUGGCCCCCGGUGGUUCUGGCCAUGAAACUGGUGUUGCAGAUAGGACACCAGACGACAAUGGUGGAGAAAGUAGUGGACUGCUACAUGGUGAUGGCGGUGAUGAUGCAGAUAGUAUACAAGGAGGGGAGCCAAUGUUAUAA